CUAAUUGUUUCCAACUCCGCCCAAAAAAUAAGUCCUGGGCCCGCCGGCGCCCAGUCCCAUCUCCCUGAAGGAAACCCUCAACGUCGAGCGUAAGAGAGACAUAACAACGAUGGAGCAAAGCAAUGAAGUAGAAGAAGCAAGAGAGAAAAAGGCAGAAUUCGAUGCAUCCGAGAUAGAAUACGUAAGCUACGGAGGCGAACACCACUUACCGUUAAUCAUGGGCCUCGUCGACCAAGAACUCAGCGAGCCCUACUCCAUCUUCACUUACCGUUACUUCGUUUAUCUAUGGCCUCAGCUCUCUUUCUUGGCAUUUCACAAAGGUAAAUGCGUGGGGACUGUAGUGUGCAAGAUGGGGGAGCAUAGGAAUACUACAUUUAGGGGCUACAUUGCUAUGUUAGUUGUCAUCAAACCUUAUCGUGGAAGAGGCAUUGCCACUGAACUUGUUACCAGAUCUAUUAAAGUAAUGAUGGAAUCAGGAUGUGAAGAGGUGACAUUAGAAGCAGAAGUCACAAACAAAGGAGCACUAGCUUUAUAUGGCCGUCUUGGGUUUAUUAGAGCAAAACGGCUCUUUCGGUACUAUCUGAAUGGAGUUGAUGCAUUUCGCCUGAAGCUGUUAUUCCCUCAACUAGAAUUACAUCCCUUUCUGCCUAUGGCAGCCAGCAUGGAAGAUAGCGAUGGGCAUAAUGAUCAUCUUCCAGCAGAAGAGUGUUCUGAACCAAAUAGUGGCUUGUAAUCUAUAUCUUGGAAAUGGAAGUUUUGACACUGUUGUUCUUUCAGCAGGAAGUUUUGCCAUACUUGAAACUGAAGUUAUGCAUCGUAUUGUACUAUUAGUUAUUCGAAAUGUAAAUCCUCUGCUUAAUCA